GUGUCUCACGUGCUCUCGCAGAACUGUGACGGUCUGCACCUGCGAAGCGGUCAACCACGGUCAGCGUUGUCCGAGGUCCAUGGCAACAUGUUCAUCGAGGUUUGCAAGCACUGCAAGCCGCGCCGCGAGUACCUUCGUUCGUUCGAUGUCACAGAGCGGACGCGGCUGCGGCGGCACGGCACGGGGCGGCGCUGCCACGCGUGCGACCGGGAGCUUGCGGACACGAUCGUACAUUUCGGCGAGAUGUCCAGCAGCCUGGACUGGCCGCAGAACUGGACGGGGGCGGUGCGCGCUGCCGACCGCUGUCAUACUAUCCUCUGCCUCGGCUCCAGUCUCAAG